AUUUUUGGUCUGAUGACUUUAAUAGAUAUCCGGAACUUUAACAAUACAAAUGGCGACAAAACGACUAAACAAAGAACUUAAAGACCUUUCUAGAAAUCCUAGUCCAGGUUGUUCAGCAGGCCCUAUAAACGAUGACAUGUUCAAUUGGGAGGGCAGGAUACAGGGACCAGAUGGAACUCCUUAUGCUGGAGGGUUAUUUUUCUUGCGGAUAAUGAUUCCAAGUGAUUAUCCUUUAAAACCACCAAAGGUAAAAUUUACAACUAAGAUUUACCAUCCAAACAUAAAUGGAAGCUCAGGAGAAAUAUGUUUAGGCGUACUUAAGUCAAAUUGGGCACCAUCUUUAGACAUACGUAAACUGUUACUAAAUAUAAUAUCACUAUUAAGUUGUCCAGAUCCUGAUGAUCCACUUGAACCAGAUGCUGCAAAACUAUAUGAAUCAGAUAGGACACAAUACGAUAAAACAGCGAAGGAAUGGACACGAAAAUAUGCCAUGUAACGUGGUUAACUGGGAUGUUACAUGUAACAUUUUCAUUAAAUUGUGUACUACGAUACUUUGACAUAUCUAACUUUUCAUUUUAGUAUGUUUUACAUUAAAAUGUCAUUAUUGCGUGGCUGAAAUUUAUAUUAACUUGCACUAAGUUGAUUUAUAUGUUGAAAUAAUUAUACUUGUUGUGAAGAUUGUAAUGAAAUAACUCUUGUAAGCAUAUGAUACAUCUAUAUCAACAACAUUGGUUUUUGUUCUUGUUUGUGGUCCGUCAAAGGACAUGAAUAAAUUUUAUAUUUUC